AGUCAUCUUUUGUUAACCUGAAUGUGUGCUCUUCAUCCGACUCGAAACGCAGGAUAAAUUCCACUUUCGUAUAUUCUCUGUGUGGACCGUUUACAACGCAAGUGAAGUUCUUGUAGGCCGAUAUUUUCCUCGUAUUCGCCAUAUUGUCAAACUAGGUAAUAAAAGAGACUAACAUAAUAUCUUGAAGACGAAAUCGGAGUAAAGUUGGGGUAUAACAGUUUGGUGUGAGAACUUGGAACUGCAUGCAUAUGGUAUACACUACUAUUAAACGACCAGUUUCCUGCGUGGGCAUCCACAUCGAACACUGCACCAACGAGAUGCUCUGUGAAAAAUUACCAGAUAAUCACAACUGGCAUCUGCUGAACUUCGAUCUGCGUCUACUUGCCAAACCAUGUUUGUAUUACAUUCUGCUGCCGUCCUCGGUUUUCACACAAAACAAGCAGCGCAUCCCAAUCCAUCGAGCCACCCAAAUUGUUCCAUGUGACACAUUUGCCCGUCGUCAAUGCAUUCCAGCAUUCACACACAUAUGCUUGGUGAAAACUGCCCCGUUGAAGUCACCCGGGAACCUAAUACAUUCUACCUUUUAUACUAUUUAAAUCAAACUCAAAAUUGCGUGGGAUAGUGACCGAGUGAAAGUGCCAAGUAUUGCA